AUGGAUGCAUCAUUUGAUAAUACUUUGAAAUGCUUUGGUGUUGGACUGAUUAUACGUGACUCAAUAGGGAGCUGCGGAGGCAUCAGAGACAAAUACAUCAAUGGAGGAGUAGAUCCGAAGCAGACGGAAUGUCUGACCAUGAAGGAAGCUAUCUUAUGGGCCAGAGACUAUGGAAGCAAUAACAUCAUUUUGGAAAGUGACUGUGCAAAGCCUUCACAUAUCUUACUAAGGGCGGAUUCAAGCACCACUCCAGAAAAAUCAAGUUGGGUAGCCAAGUCAAUGGUGGAGAAAGAGCCGUUGGAGGUUUCAAAUCCACCGAACGAUAGAGUCUACACCGCUACGAAAGACAAAAAGCUAGCGUAUAUGAUAAUCCAAGCCGAGGACCAAGGUCUACAGAAUCUAGCCACUUUAGUUGAACAACAAGUUGGAGUUGUUUAUUCUACUUGCAAUGAAUUGGAAAGAAGAGCUCUCUUGGAUUUCAAACUAUCUCUGGAUGAUGAUCCUUCAGACCGAUUGUUUUCAUGGCAAGAAGGAAUCCAACAUAAAAACUGUUGUAACUGGCAUGGAAUUCAAUGUUCUCAUGAUCAUGUCAUCUCCAUCAACCUUCGAAAUACAGAUCUUGAGAUUUACUACCAUGAAGACAAAAUAUUAGACGAUAUGCCGACACCAAAAACUGCAUUAGAAGGUAAAAUCUUAUCUCCUUCUUCUCUUUCGAACAUUACACAUCUCGAGUAUCUUGAUCUUGGGUUCAACAAUUUUCAUGAAUCUCAAAUCCCCGAUCAUUUCUUUUCCCAUCUAACAGAACUCGUUCAUCUUGAUUUCUCUUAUUCAAAUCUUUCGGGAUCAAUUUCGACACAAUUAGCCAACUUAACAUCUUUACAGUACCUUGAUUUAUCUUGCAUAGGCAGCAGCUUUUAUUAUUUCACUUCAUGCUUAGAAUUAUCAUCAUCUACAAAAUGGGUGACAGGGUUAGAGGAACUCCAGGUGUUAAGGUUGAGUGGUAUCGAUUUAUACGAUGAGGCAGCUCCGUUCCCAGAACAACUUGUGAAUUUAACUUCACUUUCCAUUCUUGAUUUGUCUAAUUGUAAACUGCAAGGUUCUGGGGUUCCUCAUCUUUGGGAACUCAAAGAGCUUGAUGUGAGUGAUAAUUGGAAUUUUCACCCUGAUCUAGCUAGGUUGUUUCAAAAUGAAUGGCCAGAACUUCAGAGACUUUCAAUAUCACGUACUUUAGUGAACGAAUCAAUCCCGUUUUCAAUUUCUAAUGCACUGCAACUAGUUAGUGUUUCUGCCUCGUCAUGUUCAAUUCAAGGAUCUUUACCUUCUUCAAUCUACAAUCUUUCGCGGUUGCAGACUCUAGACGUCUCUUACAACAACAUUACAAGUUAUAUCCAUUCCUCAGUGUCCAAUCUAAAAUUACUAAACAUUCUCGACUUGUCUCGCAAUCAUUUCCAAGGUACUAUACCAAUAUCAAUCUGUGAAAUCUUUUCUCUCCAAAGACUUGACUUGAGAAGUAAUAGUCUAACAGGAAGCAUACCGAGUUGCAUUACAAAUUUCAAAAACCUGUUUCAUUUUAGUGUGCAGGGAAAUUCAAUUGAAGGCAAUGUUUCGUUAAUAAGUUUUAUCAAUGAAAUGAGGCUAACUUAUCUAGACCUGAGCGCAAAUAGCCCGCGGCUAACCGUAGUUGUAGACCAACAUUUCCAUCUCUACUCUAAAUUUAAACUACAGUAUUUGAAUUUGAAAUCUUGCAAUAUGAAAGGUUUGUUCCCAACUUUUAUAUGCAAAUUAAAUGAUCUUAGGUAUUUGGAUUUGUCCCAUAACAAUUUAACCGGAGUCAUCCCUUCUAAUUGCAUCUCUAAACUCAAAAAUCUCAAUAGAAUCGAUAUGUCAUUUAACAAAAUCCGCGGUCCUCUGCCGCUUCCACCUGAGCAAGCUCCGGGUAGCAAAAUUUUUCCUGUUCUUGAUCUAUCUAACAAUGAACUCAGUGGUGAAAUCUCAACAGAAUGUGGAAAAAGACUUUCAAAAUUUUAUUCCAUUAAUCUAGUUGGUAAUAAACUUUCGGGUUCAAUUCCAUUUUCUAUAUGUUCAAAUAAUUCAAUUCCUGUAUAUAUUGACUUCUCAAGCAACAAUUUAUCCGGCGUAAUACCUACCAGUAUCGGGUACUGCAAAAAUCUUAAUGUUCUAAACCUUGGCAGCAACAAUCUCAUCGGAAACGUACCGCAUGAGCUUGGAAAAGUACAAUCAUUAAGAUAUCUUCAACUGAAUGACAACAAUCUCAACGGCACCAUUCUUAACUUCAUCAGUAAUAUUGAAUACUUGCAAGUUCUCAAUUUAGCGAAUAACCACUUUGAAGGAAGUAUACCCACUGCAUUUGGUUCACUUCAUAACCUAUGGAUUCUUUCGUUAAGAUCAAAUAAGUUCAGUGGAUCAAUACCUGAAGAGAUUUACCAUUUAGAUCAACUUCAAAUGGUAGACUUAUCAGUAAACUGUUUCUCCGGGGAAAUUUCUGCUGAAAUAAGAGGUUUAGUAUUUCUAAGAACUAGACCUACUGGUGCGGUCGUGCUUAAUGAUUACAGUGCUAAUCUGCAAGUGCAGAUGGUGAUUAAAGGGGUACUGACACAAUUUGGGAAACUGAACAACUAUAAUUCAGGAAUCGAUCUUUCGAGUAACAAUCUUGAGGGCAACAUCCCAGAAGAGAUUUGUUUACUACAAGGGCUUUCAACGCUUAAUCUAUCACAUAAUUUUCUUUCUGGUGUAAUCCCUCAAAGUGUUGGAAGCAUGGUUGGUUUAGGCGCGCUGGAUUUCAGUUUUAACAAAUUGUCUGGACAUAUCCCAGAAUCUCUAGUAUCAAUAGACUCUCUUGGGUAUUUGAACCUAUCUCAUAAUAAUUUGAGUGGCAAGAUACCAAGAGAACCUCACUUUGAUACAUUAAGUGGAGAUGGUUCUGCAUAUGCCAAUAACAGUUUGCUGUGUAGCUACCUUACAAACAUUACUUGCACAAAUGAUGAAAGAAGUGAUGCUUCUCCAACUGAAAUUGAUGGAGAGGACGAUCCAGAAAACGCAAAAGAUAAGUUGUUGUUAUAUGUUAUAGUUGCUUUGGGGUAUGGAGUUGGAAUCUGGGGUCUAUUCUUGGUUUUGCUUGUCAAGAAAGAGAAAUGGUGGUUAGGGUAUUGGAGAUUAGUGGAUGUUGUUGCAGUGGGAGUUGUCGGAAACUUUGUCCGAACUAGGAGGAUGGAAAACACUGAAAAGGAAUUGUCAUACUUCUGACUUCAAGGUUCUUUGGAUUCUUUUAGACAAGACUAUUCAACCCUUCCAAACAAUAAUAUUUCACGAGUAAGAAUGGGUUAGUGUAAUGUCAUUGUCUCUUGAAAAAUUAGAGAAUGUGUGGGCUGUGGUUGUAUAAUACUAUUGUUAUAUGCUCAUUUGUUAUGUAUGAUAAUCUUCUACCAUGCAUGGAUUUAGUUUUUCUUCUU